AUGAAUCACACGGAGAUUGCAGAAUUUAUCCUCUUAGGCCUUUCUGAUGACCCUGACCUUCAGAUUGUGAUUUUCCUCUUUUUAUUAAUCACAUAUAUAUUAAGUGUCACUGGAAACCUGACUAUCAUCGUUUUGACCUUCAUAGACUCCAAUCUACAAACACCAAUGUAUUUUUUCCUCCGGAAUUUUGCUUUCUUGGAAGUCUCAUUUACAAGCGUAUGUAUCCCUAGAUUUCUGGGGUCUAUUGCCACCCAGAAUAAGACAAUUUCCUAUAACAACUGUGCUGCCCAGCUCUUUUUCUUUAUCUUCAUGGGGGUGUGUGAAUUUUACAUUCUAACUGCCAUGUCCUAUGACCGCUAUGUUGCCAUCUGCAAGCCCCUUCACUACACAACCAUCAUGAACAGGAAACUCUGCACCUUGUUUGUGCUGUGUGCUUGGCUGGGUGGUUUUCUGACUGUUUUCCCACCCCUUAUGCUUUUGCUCCAGCAGGAUUACUGUGCUUCUAAUGUCAUUGAUCAUUUUGCAUGUGACUUUUUCCCCCUCUUGCAACUGUCUUGCUCAGAUACAUUGUUAUUAGAAGUGAUUGGUUUCUACAUUGCUCUGGUUGCUCUGCUGUUCACUUUGGCAUUGGUGAUUUUAUCUUACAUGUACAUUAUCAGGACUAUUUUAAGAAUUCCAUCUACUAGCCAGAGAAAAAAGGCUUUCUCCACCUGUUCCUCUCACAUGAUUGUCAUCUCCCUCUCUUAUGGAAGCUGCAUAUUCAUGUAUGCCAAUCCUUCUGCAAAAGAAAAAGCCUCAUUGACCAAAGGUGUGGCAAUUCUCAAUACUUCUGUUGUCCCCAUGUUAAACCCCUUCAUUUAUACCCUGAGGAACCAGCAAGUAAAGCAAGCAUUCAAAGGUGUAGUACACAAACUAAUAUUUUCUGUAAGCAAAUGA